GGCUAAACCGACUCCUGCUGCCUACCCGCCGAAUCCCCGAUUCCUCACGCGCCAGUGGUACAGUCUCUCUAUCACGAAAAACCCUAGCAUUUACCGGCAUUGAGCUUCACGGUUUGAAAUCCCUUUCUGCUUAUUGAGUAUCCGUCCCAUCUCCCUCCUACAAUCCGUCAUGGAGAACGCAUAUGCUAGAUCUGUUAUUGAGGUGUUAGAUGCUUUCGGCGUGGAUCCAACCAAGGGUCUCACUGAUCUUCAGGUUGCGGAGAAUUCGAGAAUAUAUGGCAAGAAUGUGCUCCCUCAAGAAGAAAGUAACCCCUUUUGGAAAUUAAUUCUUAAGCAGUUUGAUGAUUUGCUCGUUAGAAUAUUGAUUGCAGCUGCCAUUAUAUCAUUUGUUUUGGCUUUGAUUAAUGGCGAGACAGGCCUAUCAGCUUUUCUGGAACCUUCUGUUAUCUUUUUGAUUUUAGCAGCAAAUGCAGCGGUAGGUGUUAUAACAGAGACAAAUGCUGAAAAAGCUAUUGAGGAGUUGAGAGCUUAUCAAGCUGAUGUUGCAACAGUGUUACGAAAUGGCUGUUUUUCAAUUUUAUCCGCAACAGAACUUGUACCUGGAGAUAUUGUUGAAGUUGGAGUGGGCUGCAAGGUACCUGCUGAUAUGAGAUUGAUUGAAAUACUUAGUAAUCAGUUGCGUGUUGAUCAGGCAAUUCUUACUGGUGAGAGCUGUUCGGUGGCAAAGGACCUUGAAUCUUCUUCAGCUACAAAUGCUGUCUAUCAAGAUAAAACAAACAUACUCUUCUCAGGUACUGUGGUAGUGGCUGGUAGGGCUAGAGCUGUUGUUGUUGGUGUAGGCUCUAACACUGCAAUGGGCAAUAUACGUGAUGCAAUGUUACGAACUGAAGAUGAAGUUACACCUUUAAAGAAAAAGCUUGAUGAGUUUGGAAAAUUCCUGGCUAAGGUCAUUGCAGGGAUUUGUGUGCUUGUUUGGGUUGUCAAUAUUGGUCAUUUCCAGGAUCCUUCUCAUGGUGGCUUUAUAAGAGGUGCCAUCCACUAUUUCAAGGUUGCAGUGGCUCUUGCAGUUGCAGCAAUUCCUGAAGGGCUUCCAGCUGUUGUUACUACGUGCUUGGCUCUUGGAACUAAAAGAAUGGCACGUUUACAUGCAAUUGUGAGAUCUCUGCCUUCGGUGGAGACCUUAGGUUGCACGACGAUAAUUUGUAGCGACAAGACUGGUACUCUAACAACAAACAUGAUGUCUGUGUCAAAGAUUUGUGUUGUCGGAUCUGUGCAUUGUGGUCCAAUUACCAAUGAGUACACUGUUAGUGGAACGACUUUUGCACCAGAGGGUCUGAUUUUUGAUGCUGCAGGGAUGCAGCUUGAGUUCACUGCACAAUAUCCAUGCCUACUUCAUAUAGCCAUGUGCUCAGCUCUUUGCAACGAGUCCAUUCUGCAAUAUAAUCCUGAUAAGAGGAGCUAUGAAAAGAUUGGGGAGUCAACUGAAGUUGCUCUCCGAGUGCUAGUCGAAAAGGUUGGCCUACCUGGCUUUGAUUCUAUGCCGUCAGCUUUGAAUAUGUUGAGUAAGCAUGAGCGAGCAUCUUACUGCAACCGCUAUUGGGAGCACCAGUUCAAGAAGAUCGCUGUUUUGGAGUUUUCUCGGGACCGCAAAAUGAUGAGUGUUCUCUGUUCUCGGAAGCAGCAAGAGCUUAUGUUUUCUAAAGGUGCUCCAGAGAGUAUAAUUUCAAGAUGCACACAUGUUUUGUGUAAUGCAGAUGGUUCUUCUGUUCCGCUUACUACUGAUAUCCGUAAUGAGUUGGAGGCAAGAUUCCAGAGUUUUGCAGGUAAAGAGACUCUUAGAUGUUUAGCUUUGGCAUUAAAACGCAUGCCAACUGGUCAGCAGAUGCUUAGCUAUGAGGAUGAGGCAAAUCUUACUUUCAUUGGAUUGGUUGGGAUGCUUGAUCCACCGAGGGAGGAGGUAAGAAAUGCUAUGCUAUCAUGCAUGCAUGCUGGAAUUCGGGUUAUAGUUGUUACUGGUGAUAACAAGUCUACAGCAGAAUCUCUUUGUCGGCAAAUUGGUGCUUUUGACCACUUGGAUGAUUUUAGCGGAUACUCUUACACAGCCUCUGAAUUUGAAGCUCUUUCUCCAAUACAGCGAACAUUAGCAUUGCAACGAAUGGUGCUUUUUACGAGGGUCGAACCUUUUCAUAAAAAGAUGCUCGUGGAGGCCUUGCAAAACCAAAAUGAAGUGGUCGCAAUGACUGGAGAUGGUGUCAAUGAUGCUCCAGCAUUAAAGAAAGCAGACAUUGGAAUUGCUAUGGGGUCAGGAACAGCGGUUGCCAAGAGUGCUUCUGAUAUGGUGUUAGCUGAUGACAAUUUUGCUUCGAUUGUUGCUGCUAUUGCAGAGGGAAGGGCUAUAUAUAAUAACACAAAACAAUUCAUUAGAUACAUGAUCUCCUCAAAUAUUGGAGAAGUAGUUUGUAUUUUUGUUGCAGCUGUGCUUGGAACACCUGAUACUCUCGUUCCGGUCCAGCUACUGUGGGUGAAUCUGGUUACUGAUGGUUUACCUGCUACAGCAAUUGGUUUUAAUAAACAAGAUACAAACGUAAUGAUGGCUAAGCCUCGUAAGGUCAAUGAAGCUGUAGUCAGCGGUUGGCUAUUUUUUCGUUAUUUGGUCAUUGGAGGUUAUGUAGGUCUCGCAACAAUAGCUGGGUUCAUUUGGUGGUUUGUUUAUUAUGAUGCUGGUCCUAAGUUGCUAUAUAAUGAAUUGGUUAAUUUUGAUACUUGCUCAUCAAGAGAGACAACAUAUCCAUGUAGUAUAUUUGCAAAUCGUCAUCCAUCAACUGUUUCAAUGACCGUGCUUGUUGUGGUCGAGAUGUUUAAUGCCUUGAACAACCUCAGUGAAAAUCAGUCGCUUCUUGAGCCGGAGGACCCCCUAUUCGCACCCUCGUAGCACAGUGGGAGAGAGCCCGGCACAACAUUUACGGCGAAGCAGGUAAGCCCUGUACACGCUCUCAUAGCAUGGCAGGGACACUUAUAAGUACCCCUACGCGCCUAAAUGUUGGCGGGGAAAGCAAUUGCACAUUUUCAAACAGGUACCUCAAAGACCCUUAAGCGCUCUCGUAGUGUGGCAGGAAUUGAAUAUACGGCCACUGUGAUUCCCGACGCCUACCCUUAAGCGCUCUCGUAGCGUGGAGGGGAAGGCCCGACUUUUGGAUUUCCUCUAAGCGGGGGAGAUGCUGGGAGGUUACUAGAAUUUUUACUAACAGAGGACCUAAAUUUGAACUGAAAAUAGGGGACUUGAUUUGAAUAAUUGACAUGGGAUUUGAACUUGCAAAUUGAACAACUGGGGACAUGAAUUUGGACCUAAUUGAACUGCAAUGAACAAAACUCAAAUUGAUAAACGAAAAACCGGAUUUAAAUUUAACAAAUACAUAAUAAAAUUUAAAAUAAAAAUAAUGCCAAAUAAUAACCCAAGGCAUUCAAAUGAACACUAACAAACAAGUAAAGGACUCGUGCCAUGCAAAGAAUAAUAAACACAUGAAGAGAUACAACAACCUUCUCGCAAGCAAAGAUCAAAUUGAAGACGUAACAACUUGCUUACAAACAAUGACUCGCGGUGGAUAAGAAUCCCACCUCCCACUCAAAACCAACAAUCAAUAUGAAGAUCAAUGAAUAAUUAGAAAACUCAUGAUCGAUAAAUUGCCAAACACCUGCUUGCAGACUAAUGUCAAUAAGCCACAAUUAAUCUGAUGGAGCAUAUAAUAUUUGCAUGCAAUCCAUCUUAAUCAUGGAUGGUAUGUUCAUGAAGGAUAUAUGAAGAAUAUGGAAUGAAUGCCAAGAUUUCCCUCCAAUCAAUGACAACCGGCUUGUAGAUAAAUAUAAUAGUUAUCUAUGAAUACUGACAGUCAACAUACAAUUAGCAUCAAUUGGAAGAUGAUGUAGGAAACUUGUAAUGAGCAGAAUGAUUUGCCUAAGGGUAUGGACAUGAACUCAUGAUGCCUAUGGCAACCUGCUUAUGUUCAGCUACAAGCAGCUUGUAGUAGGCAAGCUCUCAGCGCACACAAGUGACAAACUAUGAGACUAAAAUUACUUGAAUACUCAAUUAAAUCAACCUGUAAAUGAGGAUAAAUAACAUUCGUAUUGCGCAUAUAACAAAUGUCAGGGUAACCCUAUAAUCUAUAACAACUCAGCGGCAAGAAAAUGCAACAAUUUCCUACAAGCGAUGCACAAUGAAUAUGAUGAUUCGACGUGUACAUGAUUCAUGCAAUGCAUCAUCUAUAAUUCAAAGUAACAGGUGAUAAUGAAUGCAGAUACUUGCAAGUGACGAUAGAAGACUGGAAGCGCACAUAAUUGCACUGCUCAUAACCAAUGCUGGAAGAUACUGCAAUGAGCAUGAUUCGCCUACAAUCAAUAUUAGCUCACGAGCAAAUGCCUUGAGCCAUUACAAGUGGUAAAGGGUAGUGUAUAAUGCACAAAUGGCAUAUCAUGCAUAGACGAGUACGACUAAUCCACAAUAUUUAUACGAGUUCCUGCGAGCUACUGCAAAGGAUUCCUCAUUCAUACAGUGAUCUACCUGCAAAUAAUGAAGCUUUUGCACAAAAUGAUGUGUAUGAUGAUUGCGAGCAUCUGCAAGCUGAUAUAGUAGGGCCCUCAUUCAUACAACAGUCCACUCAUAGGUGAUGAUGAAUAACAUGUAGUGGAUGCUAAAUCGUCCCACAGUCAGCAACCACUCAAUAUCAGUCAAUUACACCGCCCCUUCAAGUAGUAGAUGAUACAUAACAAAAUGCAAAUGUCUACAAGGUUGUAGGAGACCCGUAUAUCACACUAUAUGCCAUAUACAAGCAAACACCAUAUGAUAUGCAGUAAAUGCGGGUGUCUAUGGGCCCUUGUAGGAGACCUAUUAUACACACAAAAUGUCAUCUAUGAACAAAAUACCAAAUGACUACAGCAAAUGUAAAUGUCUACAUGCCGCUGAAGGAGGCCUGUUAUACAUUCAGCAUGCCAUUUGUGGGUAAAUAUAAAAGAAUUGCAGUAGAUACAAGCGUAUGCGACUGGCCGUAAGAGACUCAUUAGGCACGACAGUCUACCUGUAUGAAUCAAUGUGCAAAUAACCAUAGUGCAACGCCACGCCAUCGGAUCUACAAUAUCCAUACAAGCGAACAUAAGUCGUCUACAAGAUGCAACACCACGCCACUGAAUCUACAACAUCCAUGCAAGCGUAUAGAGGUGUAUACAAACUGCAACGUCACGCCACCGUAUCCGCAACAUUCAUAUAAGCAAACAUAAGGUGUGUAUAAGCUCUCAGAUAAAACAUUACACACACUCAACUGACAAUUACUUGCACGCCGGAUCUGCGUCAAAUAUUAUAAAAAGGCUCUCACACAUGCACUGCAAUAUGUAUACACAUAAGUAUGAAAGUGUAUGCAAGCACAUUAGCAUGUAUACGUGUAAAAAUAUGCACCCACAUGGGCUCCAAUGAACGUGUUAAGGGUACGCACGGGACAUCUGAGGAUGUUGUGUGAGUCAAAUAAUAAAUCCAAAUUUGAGCCUGAUCCUUCCAUGCAAGUAGAUAGGAGUCAACAUGGCUCAAACUAUCUAACAAAUGUAUGGUCACGGUGUCGACCGAUAUAUUUGUUUUAAUACGUUCAUAUUAAGCCUUCAAGACUUAUAACUAGGAAAAUUCAUUAAUAAAAGCAAGCAGCCGAAAACGAACAUGAUCAUCUAUCAGUAAUUAGACAGAGUCGAUAAGGUUCAACAUAUCAUAUUCAAAAAUGCCCCCUAAACACAUGUAUGGGCUCCGAUGAGUGUGAUGUAUUCACACACGUGACAUCUGAUGGUGUUGCACGGGUCAAUAAAUGAACCCAAAUUCGAGUCUGAUCCUUCUAUAUGGAUAUAUAUAAGUCGACACAACUCGAACUAUCAAACAAAUAUACGAUCACAAUGUCGACCAGGAUAUUUAUUUUAUAUGUUCAUAUUUAGCCUUCAAGGUCUAUAAGAAGGAAAAUUCAUUAAAUAAAAGCAUAGAGCCGGCAAUAAACCCGAUCCUCUGUCAGCGAUUAGACAAAGUCGACAAGGUUCAACAGAUAAUUACAAAAAAUGCCCCAUUAACACCUACAUGGGCCUUGACGAGCGUGUUGUGUUUAUGCACGUGAUGUUUGAGGAGGUUGUACGGGUCAAAAAAAUGAGCAUAAGUUCAAAGUCCAAUCCUUCUCCUUGGUAAGAUGGGGAGUCGACACGACUUGAACUAAUGGACAAAUAUACGAUCGUGACAUCAAUUGGGAUAUUUAGUUUUAUACGUUCAUAUUA